AUGGGCUCGGUGAGCUCGGUGAACGCCAUAGCUGAACACAGAAAAAACGUUGGAUUUCUGUUUUUUGAUCCAAAAUCCGACUCCGAGACAGGCAGUACAUACUGGAUUCCCCAUGAUGAUCUUCUUCAAAAGUUUGAUGAGAUUACUGGAAGUGAACCCGACAAGAUCUUAUGGAUUGCUGUAUAUGCGUCGCCGCUGGAUCAUUUAAUGAUCUAUUCGAACGAUGACGAUUGUAAAAUAGCUAAAAAACGUCUCUUAAAAGAUCUGCUUCAAAUUCAAUCAUUAACUCUUCAAGAUGGUGUUACAGCAAUACCAUUAAAUGAAUCAAAUCUAUUCGAAUGGCUAGCAUUUAUAACAGGACCUGAUGAUACACCUUAUGAAGGUGGUUUAUACGAAUUACAUCUUUCUAUUCCAUGUCAUUAUCCAGUUAAACCUCCAAAAGUUCGUUUUAAAACUGAAAUAUUUCAUCCAAAUAUUUAUAAAAAUGGAGAUAUAUGUAUUGAUAUACUGCAAGAUCAAUGGAGUGAAGUUAUGAGUAUAGAAAAAAUUUUAAUUUCAAUUCGUAGUUUAUUAAAUGAACCAAAUGCAAAUAGUCCAGCAAAUCCUGAAGCUGCUUUAUUAUAUAAAGAACAUCGAAAUGAAUUUUAUCGUCGUAUACGUGAUGAUAUUGAUAAACAAUUUAAUGAAUAA